GGCUCUUUCCCGCACCCAGUGUGUAGGCUAUCAGCCUCCAUACAUGGAAGUUGAUUACUGGUUGAUUUUCGAACAUAAAAGUCACUGCACACCACUAUCCCACCGAUCCCCCACCUUACCCAUCUCUGAACAUGACAAUCGUCGCUGAGCGCCCGCACGCCAACUACCCCGGAUCGAAGUAUGUUCUGCCGAACGAUCGUCCGGAGUGUGAUAGACUGAACACGCAACACGAGCUCCUCAAAGACGCCUUCGGCCGCAUCAUCUUCCCGCCCAUUCAUUUCAGGGACGGCGAUCGUAUCCUCGAUUGUGGCACAGCAUCUGGCAUCUGGAUCCACGACGCCGCCCAAACCCUGCCCCCGACGGUGCACUUCGAAGGCAUCGACAUCCAGUCCGCGCUCUUCCCCGCCUCGCCCCCGCCCAACAUGCACUUCUCCGUCCAGUCCAUCCUCGACCUGCCCCCGUCGUGGUCCUCCUCCUUCACGCUGGUUAACCAGCGCCUCCUCGGCGGCGCGUUCACACUCGACAACUGGACGCAGAGCAUCAAGGAGGCGCACCGCGUGCUCAAGCCGGGCGGAUACGUCCAGAUGCUCGAGUUCGACGGCCGCUUGAUCGACGAUCUGCGCUUGUACGGGCCUAACUCGGCGCGUUAUCAUGAGAUCGCGAGCAGGCUGUGGGAGGGGCAGGGCCUCGUGAGGGAGGAUGUCGUCGUCCUGCCCAAGCUGCUCGCUGAGAACGGGUUCGACGACGUGCAGACAGAGACGCGGGAGAUCCGGUUGGACGGCACGGACGGUGCCGCUGGCGCGGCCAAUCUACGGAAUUUGCACCUGGUGUACAGCGCUAUGGCAGGCGCUGUGAUGCGCGCGGGUGGGUUCGGGCUAGUGGGCAGUGAGAAGGAAUAUCUGGAGCUCAUGGAUCGGGUGAGGGACGAGAUGGCGACGAGCGAGCAUGCGGUGAUGAAGUGGGCGGUGAUUUAUGGGAGGAAGAAAGCUGAGUAGCGGACAAGUUGGUCAUUCGCGCUGAUCUAGUGGAAUGUAUGGUAGACAUGCAUAAGUAUAUGAAGAUGAGGUAUCUUCCGUGGUCCAUCCUUGACGCGGCCAGCCGCAGGUAUUAAGAACUAGAAAGGGCAUUUGCCAGAUCAUAGUGAUGUAGUGUGGAGGUAGGCUAGGACGAAGCACAAAGCAGCGGGAACGUCCGCAAGGAACGUGCGCAGGGUGUGGAUCUUGAAGAACCUGAUGAGCUGCUUCCUGGUCUCAUCCUCGGGCCCGAUACAGACCCGCUGGAUCGUUGGUGCGAGCCAAGGUGCGAACACAAAAUGACCCAGCGCAAACGCAGCCCCAUACCCGUACAUCACGCUCGCGAAACCUGUCGUCUGUCUACGGGCGAUGAAGCCGCUGAUGCCGGUCGCAAACUCGAGCCCGAUGAUGCCGAUGCUACCCAGCCGGAACCAGCGGUUCAUCCAGCGUGCGACGACCUUGGGGGGCAUGUCGGGGGCGAAGAAGGGGAUAAGGGUCGGGUACUUGGCGAUUGCGUACGAGGCCAUCGCGGUGGACGACAGGACGGGGAGAAGCGGGAAGAGUCCCGGGUGCACCAUUUGGCGGAGAGACAUGCUAGCUAUUGUUGGGAAAGGGACGUGGGCGGCUGAAAGCUCCUGGCUAUCGAGCAGGUGGUGGUAAUGGUGGUGGUGGUGGGUGGGCGAGGUUAAGGAGUGCUGGUGAGUUGCCUUGUUCCUCGGUAGACGUGUAGAUAUACGGUUGUCAGUUGU